CCACUACCGGCUGCUUCUCGUCGCUCUCACAGAUCAUGCCCCCGGCCAACUCGCCAUCUGUAUGUGUGUCUGUGCGCGCUAUUGUUGAAUAUCUGUUAUUGCCUAGGUCGGAGAUGUGCCAGAUUUCUGGUUCGGUUCGUUGGCCGUCUCGCUUAUGCAUGCGACCAAUGGCCGGGCAGCCAUUAUCAUCGGUUGACAUCCAGCCCUAUCGUGGUAGCAGAAGGAAUCCCGCGUCCUACACUAAAUACUUGUUCCUAGAUGAGAACCCUGACUCACAGCAAACAGGAUCCCCCAACACAGUCUUCCUCUGCCUCCUCUUCGCGACCUCUGACCGCAAUCCCCGCUCCUGUGCCCUCCCUCCCCGCCGCCGUGUCCGAUGACGCCCAUGAUGAUAACGUGAACUUUCUGCGAUCGCGUGUGCGCUCUCCACCCGAUUUAUCCUCCUCACUCAGCCGCCAGCGCCGUGGCCGACUACAAAACCUGAUGGACUUUGAUAUCGCCCCGUUGGAGUCGGAGGACUUCUCAAACACGCGCAUAGAGAGCAAUCGUCGCAUCCCGAUUGUGCGCCGCCUGGGUGACAAUUCAACCACUCACCGCAGCAACACCUCCAAUCCUAAUAGCCUACCUAACUAUGAAGGCAGGAUGUCCAAUCCGCGCUCACUUUAUGGAUGGGCGCCCGCUUCGGAUGACGAGGAUGAAGAAACGAGCUACGAGCCACUGCACAACAACAGCACCCUCGCGUGGUUCGGCCGCUAUACAGAUCGACAUGCGGCUCCGCGCAGUCCACGCCAUGAGGCUGCCGUUCGAAGUCUGCGCGCGGCAAUAGAUGAACCCGCAGAGAACAGCACUCGUGCUGCGAACGAAUCACCGUAUACUAUGGCAGAUGCUCUGGUGCACUCCAUACGCCGCCAACAUCGACCUGCACGGACUAGAACACUACAGAAUUACCUGGUAGAGCGGGAACGUGUAACCCAGGCAGCAGACGAACUAAGGGAACGGCCCGGCACCAAUUCCACCACGCGAGCAACACAUCGGUUUCUGUCCAGUGUUCCCAGUAUCCGCAGCGAACCGAACCGACCCCUCACCCACAAUGAUCUGCGCGCUCGCAUCAAUGCUCAUCGGCAACUACAUAUGGAGAACCCACCCAGUCCUCGGUUGAAAGAAGCGAUUCGCUAUCUGGAUCGAUUACGCUAUUCCACCUCGUUCGAGGAAAGCUUAAUAGCAGCAGCCGCCGGAGGCUUUGUUCAUCUCGAAUUUAUAAAUGGGGACGAGGAUGAUCUCAUCAUUGAUACUGCAUCGAUCGCCCCGCCGCCGGAAAGCUCAUGGCUUCGUCCUGGAGUGGUGUUUUCUGGAUCACAGCGAGCCGCCAGCAGUGCGAGUUCGCUCUUUGCGCAGAGAGUCGCAAGCCCGUCAUCACCUCACGACCCUCUGGUCGUCAACGGCAGCGACUUCAACCGCAUCAACGUGUCCACGACCACUGGGCGACGAUAUUUGGCGAACAAUAUCUACAAUCUAGGGGGCGCCAAGGAUGAGAAUUGGCCGGUGAAAGUCACCAUCCACAACAUCAACCACCAGGACAUGACAUUGACGGGCACCAUGGAAGCGUACAACAUCCCGGAUAAGACGUCACCAUCCCACGAUGCGCACAUCGUCACGUACCUCGAGGGCGAGAUCAUCGAUUUCAACAAGCACACGCUGGAGACGAAGAACUUCAAGGCGGACGCCGAGAUCGACAGCACGUACUGGCGUGAGCUACAGCCGUUCAAAAACCUGACCGAUGAAGAGAUGACGCGGAACCUAGUGAGUCACAAAUGGGUCACCGGGGUAUUGUCGAAAGGGUGGAUCCUGAUGAGAUGGAAGGAACGCUGUUUCAUCACCCCGACGGACUCAAGACAGGGCCUGACGAUUUCCGGGUUCUACUACAUUUCGCUGAACCGUGAAAACGGACAUAUAGAGGGGCUGUACUAUGACCCGGGCAGUUCACCAUACCAGCAACUAUCGUUGAAUCCGGAGACGAGGAAGAUGGUGCGUCCUUCUUAUGGAUUCCGGUAGGUUGUUCAUUUGGAAUUGGAGUUGGGGAAGGACGGAUGCACAUAGCCGGU